ACGCGCUUUUCCCCCUCCCCCCUUUCAACUCACUCGUUUCUUUUUUCCUUUGUCCUUUUCGAAAACGCAAUAAUAAAAGCCAGUUCGAUGAGUAGUACACUAUUUCUUGAUGCUUUGAAGAAAUACAAUUUACAACAGUAUUAUCCUAGUUUAUACUCUCACGGCAUGUCGACACUUCACAGCUUGGCAGAGUUGUCUAUGCAAGAUUGCACAAAAGUAGGUGUCCGUUCUAUCGACGACAAACGGAAGUUUAUGGCGCUAGCGGACGACUUGAAACAACAAAUGCGAGCGAAAUCUUCCAACACGAGCACUACAUCAACGGCCAGAUCGCCACAACAGUCUCGCAAACGUACGUCCACAACCGAUAAAACGCCACCAGAAAAACAUGCUAGACGAAUGACUUUGGCUCAGCAGACAUUACCACGCACGAGUACUUCACCAAAAGCAUCAUCCACCGUACGCACAAGCACCGUUGCUCCACGGAGGUUAUCCUACUAUUCACGCCAGCCUGCGUUACCAUCCAAUCGGUCACCCAUUCGCAAUGGACGAGCGACAACAGCAGCAAAUAUGUCGGUGACAGCAGCGACAACAGUGAGUCCGUCACGCGUAAAUCACAGCAAAACGCCGCCCAAGAUGCCCAAGUAUCUGGAAGACUUGGGUGUCGAGGUGAAAGUGGAGGAAGAUUUGCCACAAGUUCAGAAAUCGGGACGAUUGCUGAAUGCAUAUGGUAUACCUGUUGGGCCAUCGAAGCGACGAUUGAGCGCAGAAGUGCCAGGCCCACUUAUUUCGUAUGAAGAAUAUAUUGAAUCACGAUCACCAGUACAACAACACCACCACCACCACCAAUCCACGAUAACAAGCACAACAACUUCAAGUGAUUUACAUCAGCGUAUACGUGUAUGUGUCCGUAAACGGCCUUUAAGCAAAAAAGAAACUAUGCUCGGUGAUACAGAUGUGGCACCUGUUGUUGGUGCACGAACAAUACAAGUCAACGCACCAAAAACAAAAGUGGAUCUCACACGAUUCACCGAACAACACUCUUUUACGUUUGACGAUGUAUUUGACAGUAACACAGGCAAUCUCAAUAUAUAUCGCCGGACAGCUUUACCGCUCGUCGAGUACAUGUUUUCAGGUGGUAAAGCAACAUGCUUUGCAUAUGGCCAAACUGGUUCAGGAAAAACAUAUACGAUGCUGGAUCCUCAGCACGGUCUGUAUGUACGAGCGGCUCACGAUAUUUUUGCUAUGCUCGGCCUACCCCAAUAUGCCCACUUGUCUGCCUGGGUGGGUUUUUAUGAAAUCUAUCAAGGGCAUUUAUACGACCUGCUGAACCAGCGCAACAAGCUUGUACCCCGCGAUGAUGGAAAUAGUAACGUCAUUAUUGCCGGCCUUAAAGAGUUUCCUAUCAAAGACGUCAGCCGAUUAAUGGAAGUAUUUGAUGUUGGAAGCCAAGCACGAACAACAGGACGAACUGGUGCGAAUAACAAUUCAUCGCGGUCACAUGCUGUACUGCAAGUGCUCAUAAAGAAGGAAGAUGGUUCCAUCCAUGGCAAAUUGAGCUUCAUUGACUUGGCUGGUAGUGAACGAGGAGCAGACCGUGGUGAAGCGAACCAAAAAACAAGAAUGGAAGGCGCAGAGAUCAAUAAGAGCUUACUCGCGCUCAAGGAGUGUAUUCGUGCAUUAGAUCAGGAUCAGCGACACACGCCUUUCCGCGGAAGCAAACUGACACAGGUACUCCGAGAUUCUUUCGUUGGAAAUUCAAGAACAUGUAUGAUUGCCACGAUAUCGCCAAACAAUCCAAACAGUGAGCAUACUUUGAAUACAUUACGUUAUGCGGAUAGAGUCAAAGAGCUCAAAGGAGAAUCAGAUCCGCGACUUUUAGCAGAGCAACAGCAAGAGUCUGUCGGACUUGUUACGGCCAGAAACGACACCAAUGCCAGCAUGGGUGGAUUGGAUACGAGUGAGCAUAGGGACGAAUUAGCCAGCAUUGCAAACUCAGAUGAAAUGUAUGAUGAGGAACAAACAGAAAACCUGUUCGAUAUCGAUAUCCCAAGCCAGAUGAGCAACAAUGCAUUGGCUACGCCACAAGCGCACCACCACCCUGAUGACGUUGAUGAUGAGGACAAUGCGGACUCACCACAAAGACAACAGCAGUAUCUUCGACGACUCUCGUCACCACCCGAAGAAGUGUUUAGCACACCUAUAGAGGAUCCUUUCCAUUCCACACCUCGUAUGUCCAAUCCAGGUUCUUCAAGAACAGCAGUCAUCGCCAACCGUGGACCCAAUUCUAUGCCAAAGUCUCCAUCUGCAACACCGUCCGAUACGCCUCAAAUAUCGGUCAAACACAUUCGGGAUUUCAUCAAGCUGCAUCGAGCACAGCUUAAAGAAAUCGAAGAGUGUAUAAAGCUGGAGAAAAAGAUGAUAUCCAAGCUGUCGCUCAACAUAUCCAGUCGCCAUGACUUUAACGAAGAUGAUGAACAAGACUGUGACGAGCUUGCGACAACUGUACAAAAUUACGAAGACUAUCUGAACGAUUUGGAUGAGGUUCAUGAACGUAAAGUUGCUUGCGUCGAGACAUUUGGCGAGAGGAUCAAGGCCGAGUUGGGUGAAGAGGAAGACGUGGAUAUGCAGUAAAAAAGAAAGAAUCAUCAUCACCAUCAUCAUCAUCAUCACUUUUUUAAUAUAUUUCGAACAUGUAAACUACCACUACUUACAAAUAAACAUUGAC